GCAGCGAUUAGGUUUGAUAACACCGUCACCUAAAUGAUAACACACAUAAAAUCUCAGUGUAUUAAUGUUGUGACACCUAUUCAACUCAUUUUGUACAAAAUGGCUACCGAAAUGGCUACAGAAAUGAACUCGGGCUACCAGCACCUAUCUGAGUCUGUGUACAUAGGACUAUGCAGACAUGUAGGAACCUCCAAACAACUGACAAUGAGGCGACAAAUCCUGGACGUCAGAGAACUGAUAGAGAACCAGUCUAAGACACACGAUCCUCGACGACCCCAGAUCUAUCUCUACACCAGUGGAAGUCAUCGUGAGGGUUUCCGCCUUGCUGGAUCUGAUAGGGACUUCAUGUACUGGGUCAGUGACCACAAGGUUGUUUGGGAGUUAUCUCAGAUUCAGAAUUACACCUCGAAUCGUUACGUUCUUAUCCUUGCAGACAACAACGAUAGUCCUCCUGGGUUUUCUGUCCUCAAACUUAUCACAUCAACUUACUGGAAUCAAAUUGCACGGUCUUGUAUCAAAAUCAGAGAUGACAUUUUUAUUUCAAGUUCUCUCUUCAGAGAAGAGUUUUGCUCAACUAUAAUGCCCAACUCAAAUGUCCAUGGUCCGUGUGGCAGUGGGACAUUUGGGCGAGUUGAGUAUGACUAUGCUCAUUGUUUUUCCUGUGAUAUCUGGCCACCUGUUGCCAUGCAAUGGAUAGAGAGAAGUUUGCAUUGGCCAUCUCCAGAGGUUGUACAUAAAAUUAUUCAAAAUGGGUGCCACUUUGUUCCAAUUGGGCAUAAACUUUCAAAACAUGAAAAUCUGCAGUGGAGAAUUUCCUUUUCUCUUGCAGAGCAACAACUUGUAUACCACAUGAAUCAUUGUCAGUUUUUGACAUAUGGAUUACUGAAGCUUUUUCUGAAAGAAGUCAUAAACAAAGAUACAGAAGAGAAAUUACUGUGCUCAUACCAUAUGAAGACAGCAGUCUUUUGGGUCAUUCAACAAAACACAAUACCACACUGGAACCCUCAGAACCUUCUCCAAUGCUUUUGGACAUGUUUCAAAGUGCUUCUGAAAUGGGUAUACCUAGGGGUCUGCCCGAGUUUCUUUAUUCCGGAAAACAACUUGUUCCAAUCCAGCAUCCAUGGGGCUGCACAAGCAAAUCUCUUCCAAAGACUGUAUGGAUUUUAUGAAAAAGGUGUGGGUUCGUUGCUUCAAAGCCUGACUGUAAAGCCAUUCAUGCUCAAAGUUUUACAACAACCAAAUGAGCCAGUUUGCACUGAUGAGAACAAAGUUGUAUCUGAGGUGGAUUAUGAUAUUCUAUUAUUCAAAGAAAUUUUUGAAGUAGCAACAUUGGGAAACUGUGAUAUCCAAAAAUGUUUAAGGUAUCUGUCUGCUUUGGAUGACCUCAAGUCAACUUCGUUCUCAGAAUAUCAACUUCUCUGCCUAGAAAACAUCUUGGCCAUAUCUCUACAGACAAUGGCAUUCUUACUCUCAAACCACAACAUGGUUCAAACAAGAAAAAAUAAACUUCAACAUAAAAUUGACAAAGUUUCCUGCAACAUGCUAAAAACAGCAUCCAGUAUUGGUUUUGUUUCCAACUCAAUAUUCUUGGCCAUGUACUGGUACAAAACAUCCAGAUAUGGAAAGGCCUUGGUCCUACUAGAAAAGGUCAAGGUCAAACUGACUUGUCCUUACAUCCUGUACUGCCUAUAUGUAGAUGACCGGUGGUACCUGCAUGCUCUCAGUGACCAGACUCUGUCUUUGAAGAUGAGAGAGGCAGUCACAUGGAAUAUCAAGCUCUAUAACUCUAUCCCUUACAUCCUGGAGCUAAGACCAGAACAGGCUGCUAGCAAAGAAGAGAACCUAGCUACCCUCAAUAUACCACCCGUUGUCAUGGUGCUGUUCCUCCAGUACCUCUGUAGCCGACACGCUAACACAGAAAAAACACUCGAUAUUCUGAGAGAGUUUCAGGCUCUACUGGAAAGUGACCACUCUAUCUAUGUGCCUUCAGUGCUAAGGGACAUUUCCUGGGAACUGUUAGGUAUAUGCCAUCAAGUCUCAGAGAAUUACGAGAAUGCUUUCAACUGCUACCUUCAGUCAAUCAAGCAGGUUCCACUGACUAACCAGAUACGAACAGCAUCGUAUAACCGGGCACAAGAGAUGAUAGCCCACAUGGGCAGAAUUCAUGACCAGCAUGGACAAGACAGCUAGGGGUCCCUUACAUUAACUCUGUCUAUGAACUGAAACACUUCUAGAACUCUAGGUCUA